AUGUCACCCAGCGCAACGGAACCCGUCUCCGCUCCCGCCCCCGCACCGGCGUCGGCACUGGACUCGGGCAAUGCGGCGAGCGGCAAAGUCAAGCGACUCCAUCAGAUCCCAGUGCCGGAGUCCAAAGAGGCGGCCCGCAAGUGGCAGUUGGAGCAGAUGGCUGCUGCUUUCCGCAUCUUUGCCAAGUUAGGCUUCUCGGAUGGUAGCAGUGGACAUAUCAGUCUCAGAGAUCCCGUGAGGCCAGAUACCUUCUGGAUCAACCCGUAUGGCGUACACUUUGGCGUCUUGAAGGUGUCGGACAUGGUCCACAUCGACGAGAAUGGAAACCGCCUGGGCGGCGCUGAUAAGCCGGUGAACACGGCCGGCUUCAUGAUUCAUUCGGCCCUGCACCAGAGACGGCCGGACAUCAACGCCGCCUGCCACAUGCACAGCCCCUACGGUCGGGCGUGGAGUACUUUCGGAAAGCCGAUUGAGAUGCUGAAUCAAGACUCUUGCAUGUUCUACAACGACCUCUCUGUGUACCCAUCCUUCGGUGGUGUUGUACUUGCCAAGGAGGAGGGCCAGCGCAUCGCAGAUAACCUCGGACCCACGAACAAGAAUCUCAUUCUGCAGAACCACGGCCUGCUGACCUGUGGCGGGACGAUUGGCGAGGCUGCCGCAUUCUUCAUCGCUCUCGAGCGUGCUUGUCAGUCUCAACUCCUCAUUGAUGCGGCGAUAGCCCCGGGAAGCAAUGGUGCUGCUAGCGGACUGAAGAAGACGAUAGUGGACGAUGAGGAAGCUCAGUACACCAAGGACGGAACCGGCACACCGGAGGUCAUGUACAUGCAGUUUGUCCCUGAGUACCAGCUUAUUCAGAAGGAGUCUGGUGGCGAUUUCUUGUUGUAA